GCCCUUUCGACACUUAUUUUCCAAAUUAAAAAAUUAUUUGCUUUGGUUUUAAUUUAAAAAUUGCGCUUUAUUAAAAAAUAAAUAAGAAUCAACUCGCCAUGGAUAGAGCAAACAAGUCGUGAGUGAGCUUAUUCUACAUUUUGUAUUGAAAAGGUUGCAAACUCAACUCGAGUAUCAUCAAUGAAUUUGAUGCGGCAGCGCUUCAUUUUUCGUCUUGGAUUUGCCUCUCAAACUUCAAUUCUCAAAGUAAACCAUCCUUGCUCAAUCCCUAGCCAUGGAAGAAGAAAACUUAGUACAAUUACUUUGUCCUUGGCAGCUCCAAAGUCAGGUGAAGAGGUUUUGGUAGUAGUAGGUGGUGGAGCUGCUGGAAUUUACGGUGCUAUUAGGGCCAAGACUAUUGCUCCUAAUCUUAAAGUUGUUGUUAUUGAAAAAGCUAAACCUUUAUCAAAGGUCAAAAUUUCUGGAGGGGGCCGCUGCAAUGUGACUAAUGGGCAUUGUCUUGACAAUAAGAUUUUGGCAGAACAGUAUCCAAGGGGUCAUAAGGAAUUCAGAGGCUCCUUUUUCCAUACUCACGGUCCAAUGGAUACAAUGUCCUGGUUCUCUGAUCAUGGUGUGGCGUUGAAAAUUGAGGAAGACGGAAGGGUCUUUCCCACCAGUGAUAGUUCAUCUACUAUAAUUGAUUGCCUCAUGUCUGAGGCAAAGAGGAGCGGAGUCUUGUUGCAGACUGGAAAAGUUGUUACUGGUGCAUCUUCCACUGCUGAUGGAAAAUUUGCGGUCAAGCUUGAGAAACGUAGCCUUGAUUAUGUGGAGCACAUUGAAGCUGAUUUUCUACUAAUUGCUAGUGGGAGUAGUAAGCAGGGUUAUGAUCUUGCCACUCAACUUGGUCAUUCUAUUGUGGAACCUGUUCCGAGCCUAUUCACUUUCAAGAUUGAUGACUUGAAGUUAGCAGAACUGUCUGGUGUGACAUUCCCAAAAGUAAAAGCAAAAUUACAGCUAGAAGGCAUCCAGAAGAAUAUACCACAGCUUACUCAGGUAGGACCCAUGAUAGUAACCCACUGGGGACUCAGUGGGCCUGUGGUUCUUAGGCUAUCUGCUUGGGGGGCACGAUAUCUAUCCAGUUCAGACUAUAAGGGUACGCUUUGCGUGGAUUUUACUCCUGAUAUCCAUAUUGAAGAUCUAAGGUCUCUACUCACUCGUCACAAGAAUCAGUUUUUGAGGCAGAAGGUGCUGAACUCUUAUCCUUCCGAAUUUGCGGUUGUGAAAAGAUUUUGGAAGUAUAUAUUAGAUCGUGAGGGCAUAUGCGGAGACAUGCUGUGGUCGUCCAUUUCCAAUAAUUUGUUAUUCGCUAUUGCUUCUUUGUUAAAAGAUUGUGCAUUUAGCGUGAAGGGAAAGGGCCAAUUUAAGGAUGAGUUUGUCACAGCUGGAGGUGUUCCACUUUCAGAGAUCUACCUUGAUAGAAUGGGAAGCAGGAUCCAUUCUCAUCUCUACUUUGCUGGAGAGGUACUCAAUGUUGAUGGUAUUACUGGUGGCUUCAAUUUUCAGGGGGAUACAUUGCAGGAACAAGUAUCGGUAACCUGGCUGGAGUUGCAUAUAACAGAGUAAAUCAGUAAGUUAUGCAGUAUUUGGAGAUAUUGAUUAUUGAAGAGCCUGACAAUUUUGAAAUUAGUGAUUCCCUUAGUUAUGUCACCUGUUUUCUUUCAAAGGAAAAAGCAAGCGUAUCAAAAGACUUCUGUGUAAGUUUUUGAAGUAGUGUUCUAUGCCGAAAGUUAUGCUGAAAGCCUUUCGGGAGCUAACAAAUGCUCAAGAAGUCGCUGAAUCAGCUCAGAGAGAAUCUCUUUAGAAUGUACUGAUAGCAUGAGCUCUCUCUUCUUGCAUCAGUGGCUAUCUAUGGAACUAUACUAGUUAAGGUAACAUGCAUAUUGAAGAGGAAAAAAGGACUAAUACGAGGAGUGGCAGAAUUGUAUAACUAAUUUGGUGCAGCCUAAUUGCUAAUGCCAUAUUUAGAGCACAGUUCAAAUCUCAAGAAGUUUGCUAUUCAGUUGGGCUUUCUCAACUCUUCUAACUUAUGUGCAAAGCUUAAUUAAAACAGAGACAGAGAUAGAAUAUAUAAUCCAGUUUUGCGUUUUUGUUAACCUGACAUCUGCUCAAAUUAGUCUAUUCACAUUUUUUUUAAUCA